UUCUUGGUCGCCGGAUGGUUCAGGGCGCUGGACCUGUUGGUCCUCGUGGCCGGCGCCGUGGGUGUGGGGGCUUCUGAACCGUUUGCUAGGCGGGGUUCGCGGAGCGGCAGUUGGAUUCGCCACAGGCAAAACCGUUUCUGUGCCGUUCCUGUCUGAGUGCAGAGCGGGCGGCCUCUGGGGGCGCUGAGGGCUCGGUGCCUUCUGUCAUGGACUACCGGCGGCUGCUGAUGAGCCGGGUGGUCCCCGGGCAGUUCGACGACGCGGAUUCCUCCGACGGUGACAAUGUAGAUUUGAAGAUAAUCAAAGCAGAAGAUGGCAUUCUGUUUGAAGACCUUCAAAAUAACGUGACUGAGAAGAGUGAAAGUGAGAUAAAAGUUGAAGAGGAAGAAGAGGAGGACUAUGAUGAUGACAGUGAUUGGGACUGGGAUGAUGGAGUUGGAAAACUCACCAAGGGUUAUGUCUGGAAUGGAGGGAGUAACCCACAGGCAAAUCGACAGAUUUCCAACUACAGUUCAGCCAGAAUGUCUACUCCAGCUGACAAAGUCUUACGGAAAUUUGAAAAUAAAAUUAAUCUAGAUAAGCUAAAUGUUACUGAUUCUGUCAUAAAUAAAGUCACUGAAAAGUCUAGACAACAGGAAGCAGAUAUGUAUCGCAUCAAAGAUAAGGCAGACAGAGCAACUGUAGAACAGGUUUUGGAUCCCAGAACAAGAAUGAUUUUAUUCAAGAUGUUGACUAGAGGAAUCAUAUCAGAGAUAAAUGGAUGCAUUAGCACAGGAAAAGAAGCCAAUGUAUACCAUGCUAGCACAAUAAAUGGGGAGAGCAGAGCAAUCAAGAUUUAUAAAACUUCUAUUUUGGUGUUUAAAGAUCGGGAUAAGUAUGUAAGUGGGGAAUUCAGAUUUCGUCGUGGCUAUUGUAAAGGAAACCCUAGAAAAAUGGUGAAAACAUGGGCAGAAAAAGAAAUGAGGAACUUAAUCAGGUUAAACACAGCAGAGAUACCGUGUCCGGAGCCAAUAAUGCUAAGAAGUCAUGUUCUUGUCAUGGGUUUCAUUGGUAAAGAUGAUAUGCCUGCACCACUCUUGAAAAACGUCCAGCUAUCAGAAUCCAAGGCUCGGGAGUUGUAUCUGCAGGUCAUUCAAUACAUGAGAAGAAUGUAUCAGGAUGCCAGACUUGUCCAUGCAGAUCUCAGUGAAUUUAAUAUGCUGUACCAUGGUGGAGGUGUGUACAUCAUUGAUGUUUCUCAGUCUGUGGAGCAUGACCACCCACAUGCCUUGGAGUUCUUGAGAAAAGACUGUGCCAAUGUCAGUGAUUUCUUUUUGAAGCACGCUGUUGCUGUCAUGACAGUGCGGGAGCUCUUUGAAUUUAUCACAGACCCUUCCAUUACACCUGAGAAUAUGGAUGCUUAUCUCUCAAAGGCUAUGGAAGUAGCAUCUCAAAGAACGAAGGAAGAAAGGUCUAACCAAGAUCAUGUAGAUGAAGAGGUGUUCAAGCGAGCAUAUAUUCCUCGAACCUUAAAUGAAGUUAAAAAUUAUGAGAGGGACGUGGAUAUGAUGAUGAAGUUGAAGGAAGAGGACAUGGCCAUGAAUGCUCAACAAGACAAUAUUCUAUAUCAGACUGUCACUGGAUUGAAGAAAGAUUUGUCAGGAGUUCAGAAGGUUCCAGCACUCCUAGAAAAUAAAGUUAAGGAGAAGAUUUGUUCUGAUUCAGAAGAUGUUGGAAGCUCUGAAUGCUCUGAUGAAGACUCUGAAGAGCAGGGAGACCACGUGCACUGCAAAAAACACACCACUGACCCUGACAUUGAUAAGAAGGAAAGAAAAAAGAUGGUAAAGGAAGCCCAGAGAGAGAAAAGAAAAAACAAAAUUCCUAAACAUGUGAAAAAAAGAAAGGAGAAGACAGCCAAGACCAAAAAAGGCAAAUAGAGUGAGAACUCUAUCAUGUAGUCAUUUUCCAUCAGCUGCUUUUCUCACCUGAACUCGAGCUGCAGCUGGAAGAUGGCUUGUUGAUUUUAACUGAACAGUUAUUGUGGCCCUGUUUGUGAAGACUGAUUGAAAUGUUUUCCUGUAAUUAUGUAAAAAGCCCUAAGCUCUCAUGUCCAGAUCCAGUCACUGACCGUGUCGGUACUGACAGGAUUUGUCUAAGCUACUAUUUUAAUGAAGAACUUGGUACAUUUUUAUUUUUAUAUUUUUCUCUUGCAAAUCUCUUUUUAGAAGUAUCGUAAAUAUCUAAAUAUUCCAUAACCUUUAUGUCAGUGUAAAGGCACUUUAGACAAACUUGGGAAAAUCAUUUUUGCUUUCUUUAUACAUGCCAAAGACAUCUGAAAUCAUUUGAUUAUAAGGCCACAGUUUAUAUAAAAGGGAGUUUUGCUCAUAAGAGAAUUCUUUUAGCCAUUAAUGUAGUCAUUCACUGCAACUCUGUUCUUGGAUUGCAAUGUUAUUGGCAACAUUUAAUGUUAUUUGUGGUACACUUACAUUUCAUCUUUAGUAGGACUUUUCAGUUUAUAAACUUUCAUAUUUGGCCAUUUGGCAUAUUCAUCAAAUAUGAGAAUUUUAGGUGCUGGAGAUAGAAAAGUGAACAAAACAGACAAAAAAUUACACCCUUUGGAUAGUUUGCAUCUUAAUAGGAAGAUAAGACAUUAAAUAAAAUUGUGUCAGCGGAUGAUAAAUUCUAUGAAGAUGGUACUGAGAGGCAGGAAAGCCUGUGGAGGUGCAGAUUUGCAAUUUAAAAUAGGUCUCUUGGGACAGGCAUGGUGGUACAUGCCUAUAAUCCCAGCAACUCAGGAGACUGGGGAAGGAGGAUCACAAGUUCAAAGCCUGCCUCGACAACAUAGUGAGACCCUGUUUCAAAGUAAAGAGGGCUGGGGAUAUAGCCCAAUGGUAUAGUACCCCUGGAUCCAAUCUCUAGUACCACACAAAAAAGGAGGGGUGAUUCUUGGACUGGGGGUGUAGCUCACAGAACUUGCCUAGUAUGUGUGAGUCCCUGGAUUUGAUCCCUAGCACUACCAAAAAAAAAAUUUCUUAGGCCAUGUUGCUGAGAGGUGAUAUUUGAGCAUGUAUUUAAAAGAAUCUGAAUCUUGUGCAUGUCAGGAGAGAACAUUCCAGACAAAGUGAAGAAAUAGGCUGGAACAUCAGAAUCCAGAGAGAAAGGAGUAGAUGAGGUCAGGCAGGGUAAGGCUGUGGGAGAGUUUUGAGCAGAGGAAUAGUAUGAUCUGACUUCUGUCCUAAAAGGAUGGCUCUGGCCUCUGAAGAACUGAAAGAAAGUCGGGGAUGGGAGGUAAAGGGUAUGUUUAUUGUGGUAACCCAGGUAAGAGAUGCUGAUGGCUUGGUCUAGGAUGGUAGCAGUGGAUAUGGAGAGAAGUAAUUGGAUUGCUAAGGGAAUAAUUGAGGAGUAGGAGAGAGAGUGAAGGAUUUAUGACCUAAGAAGCCACUGAGCUAAUUGUAGUUGCUACUUAAUUGAUGGGAAGAAAUGUGGGUGGAGCAGGCUUGGGUGUAGGAGAGAGAAAGCCUUAUAUCUCAACACAGUGCAAAUAUCGAAAAGAAAUGAUCAGGUUUUAAAAAAUUAUUUUUCCAUACUUUAUGUUAAAAAAUGGCUAUUUUAAACAUUAUGUUCAAAAACUUUCUAUAUUAAAAAAAUAUUAGUUUCCCCUUAAACUUGUACCUCUUAGUUUGAUGGUGGGUUAUUGGGAGGAAUCUCUGGAGCACUUAAAAUUGAAGUCCAAUUUUAUUAUAUUCAAAAUAAUUCUCCCUCCUGACCUUAAAGUUUAAAAUAUGAAGCACAAUUUCAGUGAAACACAAAAGUAGUCCCUUUAAAAUAGUCCACAGUGAACAUAACAAGGAAAAGCAAAACCAGUCUGAACAACCCUGUAUACAUUUGGAAAGUUUAUCUUCAAGAUCUUUUGAUUCUUAAUGCCUCCAACAUGGUUAUUCACAUCAGGUGGUCUGCUCGUCAGAUCUGCCUUUUGCCGAAUAAUGUGCUUUCUCAGCAUGGAAUCAAUUCCUCUUGACCAAAAGUUUAGUAGGAUUGAGGGGGCAAUUCAUUGUCUUUCACACUGCUGCUGAGAGGAAGUGGCUUAUAAAACAUCAAGAUUUGGAACUGCAGGGGCAUUCCAACCUGAGAGCCACUUUUCUGAUACUUCUCACUGCUGUGGCUGUUUCCAUUUGUAUUCUGAGCCAGUGGUGGUGGUAUCACCAAACUUGUCUGAAAAUAAAUUUCCUCUGUUGUCUUUCUUAUCAGAAGACUUGGGUAUAGGAACCUGAUUUGUAGGCAAACUACUUAUAGAGGCUACCAGUUGACUUUGGUUACUAUUGAAUUUUGAUUGCUUAGUAAUUAGGUUUUGGUGUUAAUGGGUUAUUGGUUGUACAGUAACUUCCCAUUUGGAAGGAUGAGGUUUGGGUCUUUGGGCCCAACACUGAGGACAUAAUUUUGCCAAUUGCAGAUGUAUCUGAUUUUUCUAUGAUAUUUUGCUAAUUUUCUCAUUCCUUCAAAUAAUGCAAAUGUUUCUAAAAGUGAAGAAAUCCCACUUUCCUAUGCUGCUGUCAUUCUCAUUCCUCCACCAACAAAGCAGUUUGGGGACAACUUUGCUCAGUCUGGAGGUUCCGUCAUUUGAGUGUGGUCUUUGAGUAAAGAGGCAGGAAAUGGAGCAGCUUUUCGCUGAGAUCUGUGCAAGUAUGAGUCUGUGGUUCUUGGCUCGCAUCAAGUUUUCUUCAGCUUUAUGACAUAAUGAAGAUGGACCCAAGAUGUUGAAAACUUUUAGUUUGGUACAAAGAGUUCUUUGAGAACUUGUCUCCUUUUCAUGAGUGCUUGUUGCUUGACUGUGGGCCUAUCCUGUUUUAUGACUGUGAUCUCAUUAUAUUUUGGCUCAGAAAAUGAAGAGAUAAAAUAGGAGAUGCUUUUAAAAACUGAUAAAAAUUAAAUUGAAGGACAUCUCAAAUGUCGAAUCCUGAAUGAUAACUUUUUUUUUUAAGUCCUUUUCAUUUUCAAAACCUUGACAGAAUUUCUAAUUUUUCUAAUUUUUAGUUUUGUUAAUUUUUAAUAAAGAUCUUGAAUAGGAAGCUUUGCUUUGAUUUCUGAGGUUGACAGUUGAAGAGUUGCAAGGAUCAGCAGCAAGGGCAGGUUCUAGUUGGGCAUAGCUGCCUGUGAAGACUUUUUUUGUGGUCACACGGAAGGGAUAAGGUUUCACCCACUGGGAUUAUAGGCCAGAGCCCUCCACAUUCUAUCUGUCAAAUUGAUUGGAUUGGGGUCGGGGAUUUAGCUCAGUGGCAGAGUGCUUGCCUUGCAUGUGCAAGGCCCUGAGUUCGGUCCUCGACCCUGGGGAAAAAGAAGAAGGGGGGGAAAAUUGAUUGGAUUAUUAUAUUCCAGACAUUUUAGUUAGAGUUUUUAACUUGUCUAUCAUUUGAGUUUGCGUUGCCUUGGACAGGAAGGCUUCUAGAGGUGAUCCAGGGGAACCCUACAUUGUUGGAUAUCAGACAUUUAAGCUGGUUUCCUAAGGAAUAGAUUGUUGUGUUGAAUCUGUGCCUCCAGAGAUUUUAAUCCCAAUUGGUAGGAUUGUAGAAGGCCCUGGACUUGAGUUUGGAAACCCAGGACUGCAUUUGUGGUAUUCUUGACUUUGAUUUCCAGCUUGCUUUAAUUUUCUGUGCCAGUCCACAUGCUCCUGCUUUGGUUUCAUGGUCAUGAGACAGCCUAGUGCAGGGAGACUAGCCACACUGCCACAUCAUCCUUUUUCUCUUUUUUUCAAGGGGUCGAGGGGUUCUUAUUACGUGAGCAGAGCUAUUUCCAAUUCUCCAGGAUAGAGUUUCCAUGGCUUAUUAGUGUUGUUUAAAAACUGACCCUCUUUCAUCUUCAGAUGAGCCUCUAGCCUGUAUACAUUCAGCAUAGAGUCAUCAUGGGGUCCUGUAAUUCAGUAGUGAAAAAGCGAUGGCAGGUCCUCUGGGGCCAAAUCAUUGUUGGAGUCAAAUUGCUAGAGUGCUAAGCUGGGGAAAGCAUUAAGCGGGAGAAGCAGGAGGUCAGAACUGGGUAUUUAAAGUUGUUAUACAAAGGGAGGUUGUCUUGCUGGGAAUGGUUAGGAACGGCCAAGGAUGCAAGUGGCUGCCAUGGAAUGUCAGAUAAGUGCAUUAAGGCAAAAGGAUCAGAUGCUGGGACUGGGGUUGCAAAGGCACCUGUGUUCUCUUAGGCAUGAUGUGAGAGUCACUGAGAGACCACAUGGGAGUCAGAGGAUGUGAGUCGGGGAGGGGCAGCAUGGAAGCCUGCAGAACAGAGGGGGAGUGAGUGGCAACUGGUGAAGUGACUCAGGGCACCUGCGGGAGGGCCAGAGUUUAGGUGGAAUAAGGAAAAGGGAACCAUCAGAGAAGACAGGGAUAAAAAGCUUUCUGUUUCUGACCUCGAGUUGUGAGGGCACUGUGGGGUAGUUUCACAGAUUAGAAGGAUAGGAAAGGAAACCUAUUUUUUACUUGACUUGAGGUACAGACCCCAUUGUGGGAUUGGAUGCAUCACUUUUUUGGAUCCUGAUACCAUUCAGUAUGCUGUAACCACUGUGGAGAUAGGGGUACCUCUAUGCUUCUUAGAUGUAACCAGUGGUUUAUAGGACACAAGAACAGGGUACAUGAUACUAGGAGGAUACAGUCAACCAAAUCCAGAAUAAGGGAGAAACCGAAUGAGAGCCAGUGUGGUGGUGCAUGCCUGUAAUCCCAGCAACUCCGGAGGCUGAGGCAUGAAGAUCUCAAGUUCAAGACCAGCCUUAGCAACUUAGUGAGGUCCUAAGCAACUUAGUAAAACCCUGUCUCUCAAAUUUUUAAAAUGAGACUGGGGAUGUAACUCAGUGGUAAAUAGUCCCUGGGUUCAAUCUCCAGUACCAAAAGAAAGAGGGAACUACUAUUUUUAAAAAGCUCCACAGAUCUAAGGUAUAUGUAUCCAAUUGCUGUGAACUUUAUUUUGAUCCUGGUCAAACUAUGAAAAAUUGGGAUGGUUUUUUAAUACAAGAAGGAAAAUUGAAAAUGAAAUAGGUAUUAUAUAACAGUAGGGAAUUGUUCAUUUUAUAUAAUACAUGAUAUUGUAAUUAGAUUUUUUAAUUCUAAUUUUUAAAAAUUGUGAAUAUUUGGGAUUGCUUUAAAAUACUUCUUUCUGAACAAAGUGGUGAUAAGUAAAACAAGAUCAGUAGAUCAUUAACUGCUAAAGCUAGGUAGUGGUUAUGUGGGAAUUCAUUAUAUUAUUUUUAUGAUUUUUGUGCAUAAAAAUUCGUGUAAGAGAAAGUUAUUUUAAAAGAGAUUAAGAAUAUUGAGCACUUAACAGGGAUUUUCAUAUAACAGUACUACAUUAUACAAGUGUCUGUGGAUGUUAUUUCACUUUUUAACUAAACUUCUUUUGCUUAGUUAUCAAGGUUUAACCACUUGGUCAGGGCAGAACUGUAAUGCCUACUGGUACUGGCCUAGCGUGAGGUCAUCUGAAAUGUCCAAACUGUUUAGAUCUUAAAUGUCCCCCAAAGGCCAUGUGUUGGUCCCCAGCUGAUGGAUUUGUGGGGGUCAGGAGAUGACCUAAUGGGAGGAAGUCACAUCAUUGAGGGUAUGCCCUUGAAGGGGGCAUUGGGACCCUGGCCCCUUCCUGGCAACCAUAAGGUGAAUGGCUUGACUUUGCCAUGUGCUUCCCACAGGCCCCUGUGGGAAGCCAAGUGACCCUGGGCUGAAACCUCUGAAACUAAACCGAAGUAAACAUUUCCUUUCCCUCUAGUACUAAGGAUUAACCCAGGGCCUUGUGUAUGCUAGGCAAGUAGGCAAGCACUCAACCACGGAGCUACAACCCCAGCCCAGCCCUAACAUUUCCUUUAAGUUAUUAUCUCUGGUGUUUUGUCACAGGGACAAAAAACUUAGUCUAAUACAUGCCCUUUGGGUUCAAAAAUUCAAAUCACCCAAGUGAAUGAAGUUAGAGAAUUUGUGUAUUGAACAAAUGCUGAUAAAUGCCAAAUCCGCUCCUUUUUUUAAAAUACGAUGUCACCUUCUUGGUGAGACUUAUCCUACCCACUCCAUUUGAAAUUGCAGUCUGCUCACUUCCUGAAGAAGGGCACCCAUUUGGCUCCUUUUUUUUUUUUUUUUUGGUAUGGGGAAUUG